UACUUCUAACAGUGAUCCCCGGGGAAGUCUCCACCCUCAGCACUUGCUUUCCACAAUAUUCCACAUUUCUUCCCCUCUCUGAGCAGCCAGUGGAGUGUUCAGUUUUUCCAUCCACUGGUGUAGAAAGUGCUUUGAAGACUCACUGGGUGAGGAUCAAAAGCCUUUUUGUGUAAUCGGUGGGUGUGACCGAGUCAUGUUCUGCCCCCUCCCCCCUUCCUUUCUUGACUUCCCUUUUCCGUUUUCAUUGGGCCAGGUGCCGGGUGUGCCCCUUUCCUUGCAGGGAUUGGGGGGAUGCGGAGGGAAGGAAGGAAGGGUUUCUGGGUCUGUGGGAAUGUGAGCUCUAGCUCUCCAACUCUGUAAACAGCUGGUGACUCACUGCAUAGCUAUGGCACCAACUGACUGCCAGGCCUGAGGCUGUGUGUGCAUGCGCGCGCAGGCGAAGAGAAGGGGGUGCAGUGUGUUUUCUUUAUACAUGGGCAACUCGCUGCUCCUUUUACUCCUUAGGGCCAUUUGGCCAGGUCUAGGAGCCCUUCCUUCUUCCUGUCUGUGCUUAUGAUGUGUGUUUGUGUCUCUGGCUUGAGCAGGAGCAUGCUCCUGCUAGGCGUAGUUAGUGAAUACCAACUGUGACUGGGAAGUGAGGGAGAGGAGAACUGCAAAGGGGGAGAAGUGAUGUCUGGACAGAUGUCUGCGCGUGAGAGAGAAGACUCAACCCUCCCUCAGGCUUCUUAGUUGUGCUGCAAGUUUUGUAUUUCACAUAGAAGAGAGGUCAGACUCCAGCUUCACACCCAUCCCUUUUCCCCCUCAGUAAGUGGUGAGGUGCCCUCCCAGGUGGGUUUGUGCUACUCAGUCCAUGAUGAAUAAUGACCGUUUGUCCAGGGCAUUUUUAGUGGGCUUUGCUGAGUCUGCUCCUGCUGCCGGGGAGGAGGUGAGAGUAGCUGGCACUGCUGUGAGGAUGGGGUGUAAUACGACACAAUGCACCACCCUGUGUGGUGCCGCACAAAAGACACUGCGUACCAGUCGCUUUAAGUGGCCCAUUCAUCAUGAAGCGUCUCUCGCUGGUCUGGCUCGUGUACUGCGUGAUAGGAGGCAGUCGGGUGGGGGCUAGACAUGCAGAUGGAGAGAUACUAUCUCUGUCUCAGGCUGACAAAGAGAUGAGGUGCUUUAUUGAAAACAUUCUGCAAUCCAGGGAAAUGGUUUUACUUUGUGAUUUUGUUCUUUGUCUUUCCUCUCCCUCAAUUGUGUGCAUGUCACAUGAUGAAGUAUCUUGACUGGUACAAUUCAAGCAAAAGCAGCCUGAACUGAGACAGCCUCCUUUACCCGCACAACUCCCUGUCACCUCCUGCACCCCACUUUCAUAUGCCCUUGGACCUCCCACCUCCAGGGUUGUUUGCAGAUAUGAAUGAGUUUGUUUACUCUCUGACGACCUCAUGAUGUCUUUUCACAGACAUGACCUGAAGUCAUCAUUGCUUUUGGGCUUCUCUGUUUCCAUGGUUACUGGCUCAGGGUUGGCUACUUUCCCAAGGUCACCAUGGCAACUAUCAGAAGGGAAUCAUGCUUGGGAUGCUUUGGCUGUAUUUUUCAUCAAUGAUUAGAAUGUGUGACACGAUGCAGACGUGGAAAUGGGAUGGGGAGGGGAGCAGAACUCCCGCCAGACAGUCUGUGUGUUCUGUACACCCAGCACCACUGCAGCCUUUGAAAUCCACUCCAGCUGCUCCUUGGGAGGGACAGACUCUGUGUCAGAGCUGGAGCCCUCACACCCUCCCCAGCUUGUGUAGCCAAGAUGCUGGGGAAAGUAUAGGCAGAUGCUGUGAUGUCACAGCUGCAGUGCCCUCUUCUGUGUUGCAAUUUCUGACCAGUUCUGUCCAGGAGACCGUGCCCAGGUUAUGACGACUAAUCCCAAACCGAACAAGGCAUUAAAGGUAAAGGAGGAGUCGGGAGAGAACGCCCCAGUGCUGAGUGACGAUGAACUCGUGUCAAUGUCCGUCCGGGAGCUGAACCAGCACCUGAGGGGUCUCACGAAAGAAGAGGUCAUCCGCCUGAAGCAGCGGAGGCGCACGCUCAAGAACCGGGGCUAUGCUGCCAGCUGCCGCAUCAAGCGUGUGACACAGAAGGAGGAGCUGGAGAGGCAGCGGGUUGAGCUGCAGCAAGAGGUGGAGAAGCUGGCCCGAGAAAACAGCAGCAUGAAGCUAGAGCUGGACGCCCUGCGCUCCAAGUACGAGGCGUUGCAGACCUUUGCUCGUACUGUUGCACGGGGGCCUAUUACCCCGACCAAAGUCGCCACCACUAGUGUCAUCACCAUUGUGAAAUCAGCUGAAAUCUCAUCCAGUUCUGUGCCAUUUUCAGCAGCAUCCUAGUGCCCUAGAUGGGGGAACUAGCAGCCUUUCGGAGGGAUGCGGAAAGGGCUCUUAUGCACCGUUCCAGAGUCCUUGGUCACUUCAAGAAUUGGCAUUUUAACAAUUCCUUCUCUUUCAAAAGUGCAAAAAAAAAAAAAAUCUACAAAGGGAAUGUAACUGGCUGCUCCUCCGUGAACUUAGUGGUUCCAGGAAACUCUUGUGGCUGGGAUUUGAGCUCUGUACCUAGUUUGAGCUUUCUCUUCCUCCUCUCCCUGCCUCCCCAACCCUCUUUAAGCUGUGGGCAGCUUCUCAAUUGGGAGAAGAUACUGGAGGAGCCUUCGUCGUCUUUGUGAAUGAUGUUCAAGAGCCAGCUAACAGAUGGACUGUCAAAAUCAUGUGAGGUGAAUGUAUAGAGAAGAGUUUCCUUCAGUGGCAUCCAACUCCUAUUAAGAAGUUACCUCACCCCACCACCACCUUCAUCUGUCAUAGCAGUGGCAGAGAAAUAAACUCUGAAGCAGUGUGCAUUCUGCCAUGCGCUGCGGGGAGGAAAGGAGGGUUGGUUAUAAAGAGGGGUAAUAUGUUUGGGUCAGACCACACCAGUUAGGAAAAACCUUCCUGUCUUCAGCCCAUACUGGUUACCAGUUUACAUGUUUUAAUGCACCCCAUACCUGUGUGGCCUAUAAAGCUAAAUUGCAGCCUCCCUUAUACAAAGCCAAGUCUACCAAGAGCUCCUUCCCCAAGAUGUGCCUGUAAAUUGGGUAUAUUUAUGCAGUUUAUUUCUUCCAGAUGAUCCACAGGUUUGUAAUAGUGGCAUAUUCAGGGUUCCUUGACCCUCAAAGGAGGAAGGCACAGUAAAAUUUAAGAAGGGAGGUAUGUUGGGGGGCAUAGAGAGAAAUACUAAAGUAUUGCUGGACUGAGGCAGAGUAGGUUGCCGUGUGGGGGAAGUUGUUCUUCUGGAAAUCAGCCCUGUGGAAAGGUGUUUCCAUAGAGCAUGCUAGAAAGAUGUGUUAAAAACACUGAAGUAAUGAGAGGGCCAAUAGUACAUGUGUAAGAAGAUCAAAGCCAGCAGAGACUCCUGGAUGACCGAGGUAGUGGUGGUUAAAGCCUUUGCCUGUUAGAACAAUAACCAUCCCAACCUCAGGGGCCAUGUACACUAGUCUUUGCCAACAAGAGAUGGGGUAUGGGAUGCUGGGUGGAAGCUGAAAAGAAGAAAGAUUCUUAACCCAAUCUCAGUCAUUAAAGCUGGGUUCCAAAGAGUAGAAAAACCUAUAGUGUUUUGUGUUGGGAGGGUUGAGAGAACCUGUCUGAAGACAACCCUGAAACUCAACGUUUCUUGGGGGUGUGAAUUAUCCCAGGAGAUGCAUGGAGGGCAGGAUUAGAAUCGGUGGCUUUUGGGGGAUAGUAAAAUUGGGGUCGAGAAGUAGGGCUUAUGGUUCUGAAGGGCAGUUGGGAAGAGGUAACCGUGGAUCAGCAGUGGGCAGAAAAGAGGAAGCCAAAGGGAGAAGAGUCCACUCUUCUUUAACAGGACUGAAAAGACAUUCUAAGUUUCCAGGUCAGAUUGUAAAUAACUAUGUUCAUGUUUGUGUGUUUGAAGUAGGAAAGAAAAGGGAUUGCCUGGUGUUCCAGAGUGGGUCAAAGAUUUGUGGGCUGUCAGAUGCCUGUUCUAAAGCAGGUGAGAAGAGGUUGAGACUCCUGAAGUUUAAGGUGACUGGAGGAGAUGGCUGAUGUUCCUAUUCAGAAGAGUUUGGUAGACUCGUGUUCCAGAGUAAGGAACAAAGGAGAAGAUGGAGAAAAAUGAUUGGUGUUCUAGUUUAACUGAAAAGGAUAAAGGAAGAUGCUUGUAUCAUUGAAGAGGACAGAAAAUUGGCAUCCUAGACCAGUGUAGGAUACCGUUUGUGAAGUCAUCUUGUGUCUUGAAUAGCAAGAAGAAUGCACAAGUUUAGUGAAGCUCUGUCUUUCUUCUAAAGACAAACACAAGUUGUUCUUGGCUCACUUUUAUCCAGUUACUGGGAAUCUCUGGGUUUCCCAAGAAGGUACUUAAGUCAAGUAGUUGGAGAGGCAGAACCUGAUUCUCAUUCAGUCCUAAACAUCUACACUGAUGACUUUACUGAGCCAUAGAAUGUGUAAGAGUAAUGCUUCCUUGAUGGCUUUUACCCCACCAGAUUAAUCUCCUCCUUGAGGAGGCAAACAGGAAGUUACCAACAAAUAUAGUUUGGAUGGUAUUUAGCUCCUCCACUUCCUUACCACCUCCUAACAGGCAGAUUGAUGUCCUGAUACCAGUUAUUGGCUCCCCCAGCAGAAGCUGAGGAAGAGAAGGGAAGACCCUUUUCAUGUUCUGUAACUCAAAAGUAUUUGGAAACCUUCCCAGAUCUUUAAGGUGCCACCAUUAAUACAGGCAAUGUUUAGAUUCCUAGCACUGUUGGGAUUUGAAAAGAGAAAAACAGAAAAAUAUCCGGUGGACUUGGAAAUGACUGAAUGUUCCCCAUUUCUAUAAUAGCUCCAUGAAAGUCUUGACAUUCCUGAACAGAUAAGAUCACCACCCCACCACCACCCGGGGCAUCCGUCACUGCACCAAGGAAAUGAGAUCGAGACAGGAGUGUAAUGGGGAAUUUAUACGUAAUUCUGUGGGGUUCUCUUGCUGUUGGAAUGAGAUGAGGACUAGAUCUGAGUUCUUUGCUAGUACUUCCAUUGUGGCUGAGCAUUUUCCAGUUCUCAGAAGUGUGCCAAAGGCUUGUCCAAGUGAUUGCUGAUUUAGUGCUAGUAGGCGCAUAGUCUCUGAUCACUCAAUCAAGAAUGAGACCUGGGUGUUAUUAAAGCUGAUACCAUAACCAUGGUAGGUAAUCCAUAUUGGAUAUCCAUAAGGACCACGUGGAAAUAUUUAAAAAGAGAAAUAAAUAUAUAUAUAUAUAAAUAUAUUAUAUACAUUUUAUCAUACAGAUUUUUCGUAAUUUUUUUUUCCAAGUUUGAUACUGUAAAUCUUUACUAAAAGAAAUUGCCAGUCCAGGGCUCCUUGGGUGGUGAUUUGGGGGGAAAGGAGGCAUGCUGGCUAACUUCAACAGGUGGGUCAGAAUUGCAAGGUAACCUAGAGGGAGUAACAAUCUGAAAGCUGCUCACCACAUUGGAGAGACAACUCCCUCUCCCUUCUUCCUCUGGGGUUUGUUUCUGUUCCGUCCUGCACUUGCAAGUCUGAUGCCCAGGGCAAAAGCCACAUGAGGGGAAUUGGGCCAAUGCUUGCAGAAUCAGUAGGAGAGCCCUGUUGAAAAGGAGUGCUUAUUUCUCUUCAACCCUCCUUCCACUUCCUGCUUGUCUCUCCUUACUGCAGUAACUAGGGCUCCUUUCUUGCCCCUCUUAUCUUGUCACACCACCACUAGAGGGAAGCAACGAGCCUUAAUUUCAUGAGGAUUAGGCUCCAGUUCUGAACCCAGGCCCAGAAUUUUCCUCCGAUACCCACCUGUGCAUAGGAACCACAGUAUGAAGGUGGGGACAUUAGAAGCAGCCAGCGGUAUGUCCCCAACCCACAGUUGGGGCGUUGUGGGAUGUUUACAUUGGGCAAUAACAGGUCCUUCUUAUCAGGGGCUUCUCUGUGCUCCUGUACGUGCAUUUGUUGUGCUCCUGACUGGGAAUAGUUUCCCACUAGAGAAGCGUCAGAGCCCUUUGAAGCAAGUUAGCGUCUCUGCUCUUGCCCAGCUAUAUCUUCUGCCUGAGGAAACAACAUUUAACGAGCAAAAGGGUUGUGCGUUUUGUAAUGCCACAUCUUUCUGGGACAGGUGAGGGAAGGCAGCAGGCAAAAUGAAUAAUGGCUGGGAGGGGCGAGGGAGUGGCAAGGUUUAUGUACUGCUGGAAUAGUGGGACAUUCAAGCUACAGUGCGACUCAAAGCCCGAGGAGGAGGCAUUUUUUCUCUUUGAGAUCAUUUAAACUUUGUCAUGAUUUCAUUUAAAGAAAAAAAACUUUUGUAAUGUGGGUUUGUUUUCCUUUGUCAUCUGUACUUCAGUCUGCUGGGGUGUUUCUGUAGAUGGUGGGUCUUUUGCUUUCUUUUUUUUUUAAAUGGUAGAUCUUCUGUUAAGUUUAUCACCAACUCAUUCUAUCCUCUGUGGUUAUUCAGUAAUUUCAUUUCAAUAUUUAUUUUGCUGCUUUUUUUAUUAUAAAAUAAAUUAUUGAUAUACCAAGUAAUGUGGAUUCCUGUUUGUAAGGCGUGUAGCCCUGUGUAUGUGUCCACCACGGUCUCUUGACAGCCACAACGUAAUUUAUUGCUGUAAAUUUAGCUGCAGUGACUGGUUUUUUGUACCUUUCCAAUAAAGCAUUUUCUGGUUUCA